AUGUCGUUGGGUCAUCAUGGCCAUGAUACACAUGCUAUACCUCCUCAGGCUAUUUGUGAUGCGUAUAAAAAGUAUCAAAGAAUGAGUGAUGCGGCAGUGAAUGAUGAUCUCGAUAUCGUGGAUUUCAAUCGUGGAUUGACCUCGGAGCAACAAAAGACGUUGACUCCGGUGGGUAUCGUUCCCUCGGAAUUGAUUGCUGAAGCCCAGAAAGAACUUAUGAAUGCUGGAGCUGAACAUAAUCUCGGACUUCCGCCCGCCUGUACUAUUUAUGAGCAUAGCGGAUUCCCGGGUUUGAGAAUAUUUCCUGCACUUCUACCACCAGAAUGCCAGUCUUUAUUUGUUUCUCGGCUCCUCCAUCGUGAGCUGUCAAACCCUCUGCACAAAACGAACUUUCACGAUGAUUAUGAUAUGCCCUACCCUCCGCCUGACUCCUCCUUCUUCACUUACCCCCAUCAAGCCAAAAACCAAGUCUUUGCUCCUAAAGAUCCAAAUUCUAAACAUAAAUCACUAAAUACUGCCCAAGCUCUGCAGAAGAAAUUCCGAUGGCUGACCCUCGGCGCACAAUAUAAUUGGAACACUCGAGCAUACCCCUCCUCUUCUCCGACACCAUUUCCAGCUGAUGUAUCUCGUCUUGUUACCACUUUAUUUCAGAAUGCUUUUACUCCGGAAUCAGGAGUCGUACUAAUGUACUCGACGAAAGACUUCAUGCCAGUGCAUCGAGAUGUUUCUGAGGAAUGCGAGAGGGGUCUGGCAAGCUUCACGCUCGGAUGCGACGGGUUAUUUCUUAUUAGUAGGGACGUUAAAAAAGGAGAGGAACAUGUUUCUGAUAGGGAACAGGACCUGGUGUGUAUACGGGUCAGAAGUGGUGAUGUGAUACAAAUGGGUGGAGAGACGAGAUGGGCUUGGCAUGCUAUGCCCAAGAUUAUAGCAGGCACCUGUCCACCUUGCUUGUCCGAAUGGCCCGUAGGAUCUACGCGAGAAGGGAAAGAACCAAAAGAUAUCAACUAUGAUUCCCCAAGGCCUAAUCUAGGAAUCUUAGGCAUGGCAGCGGAGCCAGAUUUCUCCAGAGUUGAUAAUUAA